AUGGCAUCCAUUCCAUCGGCAGUCGCUGGCAAGAUUUUGCGAAACUUCGUGGUUAUUUCCGGCUCAGCAGUUGGUGGGGUCUUUGCCGUGUAUGAGAUCUUCAAUAUUGCGAUAAGGAAACAAAUGGCGGAGAACGAGAGGGGACAUCUGAAAAUUUAUAAUACUAUUGUUCACCCAGAGCAAGAUCGAUUAGACACAAUCUUCGAUCGGACAAAGUUGCUCAAUCAAGCGAAAGAGAAGAAGCCUUGGAAUAGGACACUUGCAGAGAAGGAGCGGGUGAGGACAUAA